CAGAGACCUGUGACGAUAUUAAUGAGUGUCUGGGGCCGAGCAUGCCACACUGCGGACGCAGUGCAGUCUGCAGCAAUGCACCGGGGAGUUACUACUGCCACUGCAUCGAUGGCUACGAGCCCAGCCCUGGGAAAGCCAAGUUCAUGCACUCGAGUGAGAACAGCUGCCGGGAUAUUGACAAGUGUCAGGGCCCGAGCCCGGCAGACUGUGGACCCCACGCAAACUGCAUCAACAUGCCUGGGAGUUACUACUGCAGCUGCGUCGAUGGCUACGAGCCCAGCUCUGGGAAAGCCAAGUUCAUGCACGCGAGUGAGAACAGCUGCCAGGAGACCUCACCCAGCCGUUCCUGCGCCAGCCCCAGGCCGCACAUUGACAAGUGCCAGCGAAACGCCACAAUCUGUGGCGAAACGCCCCACAGGAACUGCAUCAACAUGCCAAGGCGUUACAUGUGUAAAUGCAGUUGGGGAUUUGGGAAGAGUCAAAAGAGUAUUUCUCAGAUCUGCACAGACAUCGACGAGUGUAACAAGACCCGAGAUAUCUGCAGCCCCAACGUCACGUGUAUCAACACCAUCGGGAGCUACUGGUGUGAGUGCCGGGCCGGCUACGUCCCCUCCAACAGGAACACAGCCCUGUGCCAAGAGGAGACAGAUCUUUUAUUCUGA